GUGCUCUAAUCGGGUCGAAUGUGCUAAUCGAGCACCCACCCACCUCACUCUCACCUGUCUCGUCGUCAUUUCCUCCUAAAAUCCCCAAGCCUCCAAUCCACUGAACUAAACCCUAGACAUGGCGGGUAGAGACUACUGCCGGUUGCCGGUGCGCCCGCGCGACUUCUGAGGCCCCGCCCCCGUCCCGGCGUCGCCGGAACUGGCUCCACUGUCGCCCCCAUCACUGGGACUGGGAGAGUGGGAGUUCAGAGCCGCAGACGCUGGGGCGCCGGGUCACCGGAAGGCCGGGAAGGAAGGUGUGGCCGCAAGACGCAGGCAGGAGGCAUCGACUCGACUCACCAUGUCUCAGUCACCGGGAGGACGGGAAGGCAUGUUUAGCACGACGUUGAUCGUUGCCGUUGCCAGUGUUUCUUCGAUUUUUCUUCUUCUCUUUUCUAGAUCGUAGAGCUUUGACAAAUGCAGAAACGUAGAUCACGAUUGGCUCGAGGUCUCCGGUCUCGGGAACACCCAAUACUAGACGACCCUGGCUCCGACAGAUGCGCGCGACCGAUAAUCCGUUUCUCGUCUCUGUUUCGUCUAGAAGCUGUUGCAAACAUGCCGUUGUGGGUACUACAAUAAUUUGUUUGAUUUUGCAGACACUUUCCCCCCGAAUAUAUGUUUUCUAUGUACGCAGUCAUCAUCAGGGAUCGAGGCCAUCGAUGCUACAAUAAUUUGUUUGAUUUUGCAGACACCUUCCCCCCGAAUAUAUGUUUUCUAUGCAUAUAUUACAGCAGGCAGAGGAAACCUGAGCGCAAUGGCAGUGUAUUUACACCUAUAGCUGCAAUGUAUUCCAGUGGUCAUGCACUCCCUGUUGCAAAUAGGAGCCACGGUUUGGUAUUUGGCAGUCUGAGCAAGGACUGGGACGACAUUCGCCAGCGCAAGGAUCAGUUGGUCAACUUCCUUGCUAGUCUUGAACGAGCCUCUGGAGAUUCUGCGGCAGCUGGCAAAAUCGAAGAUAGCAAAUUGGCCAGUCCUGUGGAGCCAACUGAACAAAAAGAGAAGGCUGCCAUAAUCGUUCUUGAUUCAGACGAUGAGGACGGAAAUGGUUCAGGAAACAGUAAGUUGGCAUCUGAGACUAACAAAGAACUCGGAACAUCUGGAUUGAUUAAUAAUAUCGCAGAAAGGAUGACGUUUAAUGGGAGCCAAGCAUUUGGAACCGUGCAUACUUAUGGAGAUAAGAACACACAGAUUGUUCCGUAUGGUCAAUGUUCUGCUUUAGUGAAUCAGUUUCCUUUGCAAACCAGUUGGCAACCAUCUAUUCAGUUUGAGAGAGUCGUGCUGCAGAAAAGGCCUGAGGAGCAGCGAAUGCAAGAUCUUGUGGCUGCUAGCAUAGCCGAGAAGAGAGCAGAAACACAAGUGUUCCUUUCACUUCCCACAGAGAAAAAGCGAAGGAGAUCAGACCCCAGUCUGCAUGCCAGUGACGAUACUGCUACUGUCCCUAAACAAAGAAAAAGUAAAGGUGCCACAGUUGUAGCAGCAGCUAAUUUGUCAUUGGUUUCACAACAAACUGCUACAUCACCAGAACCUGACAUGGUUAUAGAGGAAGAGGAGAAACAUAAAAAUGAAAGUGAUGGUCUUGACGAUUAUUGGAAAGAUUUUGCAUUGGCUGUUGAAAGCACAAAGCUUGACGAAGUUGAUGAGGCGGCAAUUGAAAAGGAAGAUAAUGGAAAGAUGGAGGACAUCGAUUGCAAUCAUGACAUCCGGAUUCAUGAAGAUUUGGGUCAUGUAUGCCGUGUGUGUGGUAUGAUUGUGAGAAGAGCUGAUUCAAUAAUUGAUUAUCAGUGGAAAAAGGCUUCAAGGAGAAGAACGAAUGGCUAUGGAGGACAUUCAAAAGAUGCUGAUGAGAUAGAUUGUGGUACUGUUAAACUGUCUGAAGAUUUCAUAGUCGCAGAUAUUGCUAUUCAUCCUAGACAUGCUCGGAUAAUGAAACCACAUCAGUUGGAAGGUUUCAACUUUUUGGUUAAGAAUUUGAUUGGAGACAAGCCUGGAGGUUGCAUUCUAGCUCAUGCCCCAGGUACAGGGAAAACAUUUAUGCUUAUAAGCUUCAUUCAGAGCUUCAUGGCAAGGUAUCCAUCUGCAAGGCCUCUUGUUGUGCUGCCCAAAGGGAUUCUAGGUAUAUGGAAGACAGAAAUUAAACGAUGGCAAGUGCAGGAUAUACCAGUGUACGAUUUUUACUCUGUCAAGGCUGAAAAAAGAGUAGAACAGUUGCAAAUCCUCAAAUCUUGGGAAGACAAGAUGAGUAUACUAUUUCUUGGAUACAAGCAGUUCUCCACAAUCGUCACUGAUGAUGGGGGCAGCAAUGUCACAGCUGCAUGUCGAGACAGGCUGCUUAAGGUUCCCAACCUUCUGAUACUUGACGAAGGACAUACACCUAGAAAUCGGGAGACUAAUGUACUCGAAUCACUAAAUAGAGUGGAAACACCACGCAAAGUGGUUCUUUCGGGUACACUUUUCCAGAAUCAUGUUGAAGAAGUGUUUAAUAUCUUGAAUCUCGUUCGCCCAAAGUUUCUCAGGAUGGAAUCAUCCCGUCCUACUGCCAGACGUAUAAUGAGUCAAGUUGAAAUAGUUGGUAGAAGUUCGAAAGGGCUUGCUGAUGGCGCAUUCACUAAGGCAGUUGAAGAAACCUUAUUGAAUGAUGAGAACUUCAAGAGAAAAGCUCAUGUUAUUAGAGGUCUUAGAGAACUAACAAAGGAUGUUCUUCACUAUUAUAAGGGUGAUAUCUUAGAUGAACUACCUGGCUUAGUAGACUUCAGUGUGUUUUUGAAGCUCACACCCAAACAGAAAGACAUUAUUUAUAAGUUGGAAGCACAUGAUCGGUUCAAAAGAAAUGCAGUAGGGAGUGCACUGUACAUUCAUCCAUGUCUUUCAGAACUUUCAGAGGUUAAUGCUGAGCAUAGGGCUAACACCUUUAGAGAUGAUUUAGUUGAUAGUCUGGUAGAUUCUAUCACUGUGAGAGAUGGCGUGAAGGCCAAUUUUUUCAUGAAUAUCCUGUCACUUGCUAAUUCUGCAGGAGAGAAAGUGCUAGCUUUCAGUCAAUAUAUAUCUCCCAUGAUUUUCUUUGAAAGGCUGCUGGUGAAGAAGAAAGGCUGGCAUGUGGGGAAAGAGAUCUUUAUGAUCUCUGGUGAUACUAGCCAAGAAGACAGAGAAUUGGCAACGGACCAUUUUAACAACUCUGCUGACGCAAAAAUUAUGUUUGGUUCUAUCAAGGCAUGUGGGGAGGGUAUCUCCCUCGUUGGUGCGUCGAGAGUUGUCAUUCUGGACGUACACCUGAACCCAUCUGUCACCCGUCAAGCGAUUGGGCGUGCAUUCAGGCCCGGACAGCAGAAGAAGGUGUUUGUGUACAGGCUUGUAGCUGCCGAUUCUGACGAGGUAAAGGUCCAUGAGACAGCAUUCAAGAAAGAAGUCAUACCGAAGCUGUGGUUCGAAUGGAGCGAGCACUGUACUACGGAAGACUUCAAACUUGGUCAAAUUGAUAUUGAUGACUCUGGUGACGAACUGUUGGAUACUAAAGCAAUCCGCAAGGAUAUCAAAGCGCUGUAUAGAAGGUAGGUAACAAGCUUUGUGGCCACUGGACACCAUGUACAUAUUGCAGUGCUGACCGUCGAGCUGAUCCUUAAACUGAAGAAAGAGGUGACGAUAUAGUUUUCGCUGCAGGGUGUUGCGGUGGCUACAUUGCGCGGUCAUUCCCAGCUAUAUCCGUGGAAUGGCGGCUUCUUUUGUUCGUAGUAUGUGCCAACUUGGGGCAGCAGUCAGCUGAUCCCCAGACACAUUUCUAGACUCUUUUUUAGGCUCAAGUUUCUGAGAAUUAACCUGCUAUGGCGUUUAGCCUUAAGUAAAUAUUUCGUUCGCAACAAUAAUAACCCAGUAAACCUAAUUUGUUCUUGUGCGUUUGUGGUGGUGGUUCUUGAAAUUUACCUGGCGCCUUCUUCCUGGGCUAGAUGCUAUGCAGGUGUCACAGGUUGGUUUGUUGGCAUGUAGAAUCGGGAAAUGCUAAUCUCGAAAGCUCGUAGUUUCCUUUUCCCCCCCGGGUGACAUGUUUAUUCACCUCUUACUAGUUACCACGUCCAUUUCCAACUAUAAGAUAUGAUACUUUGGCUUUUGAAGAUA